AUGAACCACAUACAAGAGUACUCAUCGGACUCUGAAUUAGCUUCAGACGAAGAACAGUCUAGCAGGGAUAUUGAUGAUAUUAAUAUCUUCCUGCAAAACUAUGCUGAGAAUAUGUUGAAUAGAGGGUCGAUCUUUUUAUACAUACCAUGGAGACCUUCUGCAUCUGCUUUGAAUCUCAUGCACUCUCAAACAAAGAAGGCAAUGUCCAGGAUACCUAUCGCUUCCAAGUACAGUUGGAGUGACAUUGGAAAGGUUUCUCCCUUGAGAUACCAUAUAUCAAUUUAUCCGAAUAUUGAAGGUGAUGAUUAUAAGAUCGAGCAAUUAAAAGAUAACCUUAAGCAUUCUUUCCAAAAUCUCGAAAUUGAUGAUUCAUUAGUGGGGUUUGAUGAGGAGGAGGUCAAUCGUUAUCAAAGAGUGAAGGGUAUAUUAGGACAGGCCGCAAGCCCCAAGAAGUAUGUUCGACUAAAGUUUGAACCCCAUCUUCGAGUUUUCAAAAGCACAAAGAAAGAUACACUAUUCUUGGCCGGCGUAAUUGAUAUAAAUGCUAGUUCCGGAAGAUUUUUUGAGAGAAUCCGUGAUUCUAUUUUCACAAACGCAAACUCCUUGUCCUUGAUUGAGAGAAAGCCGAAAAUGCCAAUCUACCACAUUAGUUUUCAGCUAGGUGAACUUAAGUCUACAGUUUCUGAGGACGAAAUUGAAGAGUUCAAUUGUCAAUUGGAAGAUUUAGAUAUUGGACUUGAAUCAAUAAAUGUCUAUGUUUCGGACAUUAUUAUCAAUUCCAUUGGUACUUUUAAGCUGACAAAGUCAAUUCAACUCAAUAUAUAG